CUAAUAGGUAUUUCUUUUGCUAAAUUUUCUAUGUAACUGUAAUAAUAUAUUGUGAAAGAGUCUUCUAUGUUCGACACAUUGUUUUAAAUGAAUACUUCUCAUGAACAUUAAUUGUAUCGUACCAGUGAACGGCGGUUUAUCAAACAAGAAUUUUAUAACAAACAUGGAUGACUAUGACACUGAGGAAUUUUAUGAAUAUCAAGAUGAGAUGGGAAGAAAUGCUCAUCCUGAAGUUCAAAUGCCUCCUAUGCCUGAUAAUUAUAAUAGAAAUCGUUACAAAAGCGCAUACGGCCCAUAUUGCGGGGGAUACGGGCCAAUGGGGGGCGGGAGGGGCGGAUAUGGGCCAAACGAUAACUUUGGCCCUCCGCUUGGCUUUGGCCCACCUCCUGGCCCUUGGCCUUGUGGGCCUGCAAUGUGGACUAGAGGACCUCCGUAUCCAUCUAGGUCACAAAAGAAUGACGCUGUCAAAUAUUUAAUUAAAUGUGGAGUCCCUCGUGAGCAUUUGAAAAAUUUGCCCAGGGAUCUCUUACAACUGAUUACAUCGGAUUAUUGCGGCCUUUGUGCUGUAGAGUUUGAUACAUUUGCUUUGGCUCGCGUUCACUACAACUCGAAAAACCAUCUAAGGAAUCAGAAGAAAUGGCAGAUGAACCGAGGCCAUGGAGGUCAGGGAAUGGGCCCACUCAAAUCUCGGGACCUGUACUGCGAGUUGUGUGAUGUGGAAAUCACUUCGAAGGUCCAUUCCCAAUCCCACUACUCGGGAAAAGCUCACAGGGCAAUCGUCGAAGGACGCCGGAAUCCAAAAAAUCCAAUUUUGGUUCAGCCUGGUAUGGAAGAUCGCGUAAAGCAACUCGUGCGUCGCGAGAAAAGGUUUUUGGUGUCUGAAGAUAUUGAUCCUGCUGAAGCGGGGUCAUCUGAACCCACCGAUAUAAAGGACAGGAUCCCGCCGGAAUUGCAUUGCGAUAUUUGCAAGACGUUCGUGACCUGUACGGAGCAGAUGACCCUGCACUUGAACGGCAAGAAGCAUCUCAACAAAGAAAAGCAGCACAUCUUGAAAAUGAUGAAGGGGGAUGACAGUGGAAACGAUGUACCAGCCAAGUCCACCGCCAAUAAUGAUGAUGAUCUGCUGCGAACCCUCGACCACGUACUUGAAAAACUACCGCCAAUUGAAGACGAGGAUCUGAGAAAAGAUGAGGCAGUUGAAGGUGAAGACGGAGCUGCUGAAGAUUGGGAGAAGAGUGGUGAAAAAUGGGAUGAACCGGAAACACUAUGUUCUUAGGUGCGGACAUGGUCGUCACAAUUGGUUCUGAAAAUUGAGAAUUUUGUUAUUAAAUAAAUAUACGUGUGUAA